AAAAAUAUCUCUGUUUCUGCUCCUGACACUCCCUCGCUACUCUCUGUCUCCUUUUUAUUUUUUCAAAUUCUUUGUUUUUUCUGAUCCUUUCCUCCUCCAAUCUCAUCAUCUCGACUCCCUGCAGACAACCUUAUCUGAUCUCUAUUCAAAACCUGAGAUUCAAAUCGUCCACGAUCUGCCUGUUCAAUCCAAACAUCCCGAAGUUGGAUAAAUGCUAGAUCAAACCGAGAAAAUCUUCGAUUCAGAAGACAUGAAAACAAAGCUCACAUCCAAAUAUGCAACUGAAGAAGUAAUAAUCAGCAGCAGCAGCAACGAGAAGAAGAGUUGUGCUAUUUGUGGUACUAGCAAAACCCCCCUUUGGCGUAGCGGUCCCACAGGUCCCAAGUCGUUAUGUAAUGCAUGUGGGAUUAGGAACAAGAAGAAGAAAAGUAGUGUGAUCAGAAAAAAUAGAUGGGAAGUUAAGAAUAAGAAUAAGAAGAAGAAUCCUAAGCUUGGUGACUCAUUGAAGAAGAGAUUGAUGGAGUUGGGGAGAGAAGUGAUGAUGCAUCGAUCGACGGUUGGAGAUCAACGGAGGAAGAAGCUUGGUGAGGAAGAGGAAGCUGCUGUGUUGCUCAUGGCUCUCUCUUAUGCUUCUUCUGUUUAUGCUUAAACAGAAUCUCACUGAUUUGAGUUGAGAUGAUUGAUUAAUUUUCUAGUCACUUAUUCAGAUUCUGAGAGUAAUAAUAAUAGCUAACGAAUUAGUUUGUAAUUUUUGUUCGUUUUCUGUUGUUUAAUCAAAACUUCUUUUCUGAAUUUUUGUAUCUGGUUUGUGUGAUAUGUAGUAGAAACGGAAGGUCAAGAAUUAAGAUUAUUUUUCAGUCUUGCUUUUUUGUUUUGUUCAAAUUUUUU